GGCAGCUACUGCUGCUGACAUGAUCCGGUUUAUUUAUAGAGAAUGGCCCCCGCCCCUUUCUUGACCUUCCAUCUUCCAUCGAUCCACCCACCGGUGCUUCUCCAUCAAUCUACCUCGAUGGAUCAUCGAUAUCCAUUUACGGUUAAUCCCUUGAGGUAACGGUAAUCACAGUCUAAAUUGUUUGUUCGGUAUGGCCGACCCGGGAAACCAUGGCCUCCCGGACUCUCCGUCCCUGAGCGCGUCGAAACAACGAGUGACGUGGGAUCCGGUCCCCUCUACUUCCCUGGGCCACCUUCGAGUAUCUUGGGAACCACCAUCAGAGGCAUCUCCACUUUUGCCUUCGUCUUCGCCACCUCAUCACUAUCCUCGGCGCCCAACCGUCACAUCCCAUCGACGGCGAUGGUCGGUGGUGGGGUGUAUCGCCUUGCUAACCACGAUUGUUCUCGCCAUCCUCGUUCUAGCUUUUACCCUCCCGGCGAUCAUCAAGGUGUAUGCGCAACGAGCGACUGUAUUUCAUAUCGAGUCCCUGACGUAUGAGCCCUCGGGGCAGGACUGGUCGCGUGCACGAAUUAAGGGUACUUUCUUCACCGACGCCGACCGGGUGAAAAGUUCGUGGAUCGGCGGAGUAGGCCGGCUGACCACCUGGGUUGCCAGCGAGGUUGAGACCCGCGAGGGAGAUACGCUCGAGAUCUACCAGCCGGUUUUUGGGCACAUCGUUACGAUUAACGCAUCUCUCCCACGAAUCCAGGUGAAUGUUCGUAACGGUCAAUCCACAGACUUGGAUUUUUUGUCAGAUAUCAAGCGUGUUUCAGAUGGGGGGAGUCCGACGAGCCCAAUUGAUUGGGAAGACCAGAAGGACGGUGGGAUCCUUGCCAAGGCUGACGUGCAUCUCCGGUCCGGGUGGCUUGAUUUGGGGAGACAGGAAUUUUUCCUGACCGUGCAGUACAAGGGUAGGCUUUCAGGGCCUGGUGCCCAAAUUAAUUCAUUUUGACCAUCUUGCAGGCGGCGAAAUUUCUUCUUUGGUAGAGGCGGAGGUUGCAGGGAUCGAGAUCCCCAAACCAAAGGACACUAUGACCUGGGCUGGUGACGUGCAUACAUCCCUUGCGGUAGACCUUUCUCUGCCGUUCCCGUUGACCGUCCCCGUCGCACAGUACGAU